AUGGAGUACACGCCGCGGGGCCGGGUGCCCGUGUCGGAGCCCAUCUCCCCGGUGGCCCAGCGCGUGGCCCUGAGCGGCCCUGCGUCGGAGCCGGGAGGUGCGGGCGUGGCGAGCUCACGGGAAGGAUGGCCCUGGCAGUUCCAGCUGAACCCGCGCAGAAGCGAGGAGCGUCCGCUGACCGCCACGCGGAAGGCGAGUCCGGUGGCGACCCAGCUGCGGGCGCUGAGCGGCGGCCGCGGACAGGUGGUGAACGCCACGGCUCGUGCAUCCUACGAGACCGCGGUGAUUGCCGCGGUGCGUCGGCAGUGCGACAUCUUCGAGGAGAAGUGGGAGAAGAAAUUGAGACAGGACCGGAAGGACUCGACGACGGGGCCCAGCCUGGUGCCUUGGAGUGAGGAAGCGUUGUCGCCGACACGUAAGGAUCGGCUCUUCGAUCGCGUGAACGCUUUAGAAGCCCAACAGCCACGGGUGGAGAAGCGGCUCGCAGAGCUGGACGGCAAGGUGAAGGGACUCUCCGACGAGCUCCAAGCACAGAUCCGACAGGUCCACCUGUUGGAUGAUCGACGCUGGGAAUGGAAGCAAAAGCUUGAAGAGGAGCUGGCAAACAAGUGCCAAGUCUCUUGGCUGAGUCACAUCAUUUUUGGAGAGGUGCACGAGGGCUUUGUGAAUGUGUGCGAGCGUCUCGCAGCCCUGGAAGUGCAGCAGAUCCAGGAGCCGUUCGUGCGAACGAAGGAGGCCUCGCUGGAGAAGGUCACAAUGGGAGCUGCGCCAAGUACCACCGGGUACCACCCCCACGCGAUUGGAUGCUUGGAUGCACCAGCCGGGCUCGAUGGGUCCUCGGAUCCUGACAUGGGCUUGUUCGUUCCAUUUCCGCUUAAGCUCAAGUUUCGCAAGGAGUCGGGGCAAAAGACGCUGCAGCAGCUGGGUCUCCUGGAGCUGGUCCGGAGUUGCUCGGUGCCGGGAGGCGGAGGGCAGCUGCAUGCUGCGGAUGGGCGAGUGCUGUCGUCUUCCAAGGGCCGUGGGAAAGGUGGAAAAGGCCGGAGUUCCAGAGCUCGAAAGACCAACCUCUACGUGCCCAGACAGGAGCUGCGACGGAUCCUCUUCGAGUCGCUGCGGAGCACGAAGAUCGCGUGGUCUCAGCAGGUCCUGGGCUACGAAGAUCUCGGGGCGGAAGGAUCGAUCAAGGUGAAGUUGAGCGACCAAGAGGUGUCAGCCCAAGUGCUGGUUGCCUGUGAUGGAGUGAAAUCCUUAGUGCGAAGGCAGAAGCUACAAGAUGAGCUUCAGUAUCUGGGUGUGGGGAUGAUUAACGGCAUUGCAGCACGAUGUGGAACCACCGAAGGCCUUCGAGGUAACCUGCAGCUCAUUGAUGGCUCUGCGCGGAUGUUCUUGAAGCCCUUUCAGGAGCAGCACGCCAUGUGGCAGCUCACGUUCCCCAUGGAGAACCCGCAAGAAGUCGAGCAGCUGAAGACCUGCACGAAGUUGGAGUUGCAAGAGAGAGCUCUCAAAAUAACAGCUUCGUGGCUUGGUGACUACAAGGACAUCAUUCGGAACACUGACCUUGCUGCCUUCCGUGGAGGUGGAUUGUUUGACCACGACCCAAGCCUUUGUGCUGAGCAUCGGCCCAACGGCCCCUCGGUGGCGCUGCUGGGGGACGCAGCUCAUCCGAUGUCACCCUUUAAAGGCCAAGGCGCCAACCAGGCAUUAAUGGAUGCCAUCUUUUUAGCAGAAGCAUUGAAGACCGCAAGGGAAGCUGGACGGGCGUUCCUGGGCGAGGAGUUGCGCCGCUUCCACGCGGAGAUGGCGCGCCGUGUGCGGAAGAGCGUUCUCCAGUCGCGACAGAAGGUGGAGUACUUCCACAGCAACAUCAUUGACUUGGAUGAGUUGCGCUGA